CACAACAUUACCACGCCCCUCCCCCACAACCUCUUCACCUCCUCCCUUCUCCACCAUCGCCUCACCUAAUCACCAUGGCCCCCUAUUGGGCCGAGAUCAUCAACAACCUCAACUUCAUCUCUGGGCACCCGAUUGACGAGCGGUCGGUCGAGGACGCCGCCUCACGGAUCCGCUUCGACGUCGCCCCGCCUCGCCCCGCCCCAGUGGAUGGGAAGCCUGUCAAUCCCUACGGUAGGACGUGCAAGGUCGACGAAAACCUGUCCAAGGCGACCGAGAUUCUGUACAACUCGGCGCCGGCGUCGUUCCGCAAGCGCCAUUCCCCGUGCAUCGAGUGCAAGGAUGUCGGCAACAAGCACUGCUUCUACCUCCCCAAGAGCGAGUACACCUGCUGUGUCAUGUGCUGGGCCGACGGCAUGAUCUGUGUGCUCGCCGACGGGAUGCGGCCGCCCCGCGAGGUCCGUCGCAAGGCCGUUGACAAGCUCGUUCGCCUGGCUCGAGACCCCGCCGAGGCGGCCAAGAUUCUCGCCGAGUUCGAGGAGGCCGAGGACGAGCAGCCCCCGAAGGACUAUGAUGUCUGGUUCCGCCGCAAGCAGGGCGAGAAUGUUGAGUGA